AUGUCCACAUGGAAAGCAAGGUUCGCCAAAAGACUGAAAUCUCCAUCUAGAAGGAUGCAUCCAUUUCCAUGUUCAGCUCUGCUGGCCUGUUUUGGGAAAUCGAGGGAGAAUGCUCCCUGUGAUCAGCCCAUCGCGCCUGAUACUCAUUCCACCAUCUAUGAUCAGCCCAAGAUCAAAGCAUGUCGACACUCAAGUCACCUGAAAGGGGAAGAAGAGAAAAGGCGAGAUUCCAGCACCCAUUUAGACAGAAAUGGCAAUGCAAAUCGGAAUUCAAGUAACCACACUGCUGUCCAGCCUGCUGAGAUCUCUGCGGAUAUGCCUGGGUCUCCAGAUGGCGAUUUGGACGGUGAAGUAGUUACUUUUCAGACUUCUAUCCCCAGACCAUCAGUUAUUGAAAUGCCAAUGGAAAAAAAGGAAUCCCAAGAAGAACCUAGAUGCCUUCAGUUGGAACAGAAGAUGACAUCAGACAGCCCGUUGGAGGAUCCUGACCUUAAGGACUCAUAUCUCAUUCCAAGAAAUAUCAUGGCUGAGCCAGACUAUAUAGAAGAUGACAAUCCUGAACUAAUUAGGCCUCAGAAACUUGUCAAUCCUGUCAAAACAUCCCGCAACCAUCAAGAUCUUCACAGGGAACUUCUUAUGAAUCAGAAAAGGGGUCUUGCCCCUCAGAAUAAGCCAGAACUGCAGAAGGUGAUGGAAAAAAGAAAACGAGAUCAAGUAAUAAAGCAGAAGGAAGAAGAAGCACAAAAGAAGAAAUCUGACUUGGAAAUAGAGCUAUUAAAACGGCAGCAGAAGUUGGAGCAGCUUGAACUUGAGAAGCAGAAACUGCAAGAAGAGCAAGAAAACGCCCCAGAGUUUGUGAAGGUUAAAGGCAAUCUUAGGAGAACAGGCCAAGAAGUGGCCCAAGCCCAGGAGUCGUAG